GCCUGUGUUUACUCGCUCUGGUCUCUCGCCGGGCUAGGAUUUCCUUAGCCGUGUUUGUGUGUUUUCGUGUGUUUUUUUUUUUAAAAUAAACCUACAUCGCUUUAAACAACAACACUAAACUAUGCACCGUAGCCCACUUUUGUCCAUCGCUUAGCGCGAAGUCGUGGUUUUACGUCGCUAGAACUCGUCUCUUUGUCACGAUCCCGUUAUGCGAGAGGCGAAGGCGCUCGGGAGCUAAACUACUAGGCCUGGGAUGCCCAGCGUUGGGUCCGAAUUUGGAGCGGACUGAAGAGCCCGCCUGCCUCUCCCUGACGCAUCCCACCUGGCUGCAAGUGUGAAAUUCCUAAUCAGAGAAAUCCAAGGGCUGUGCUGCCGCGCGGUGGCGGACCCAGCCCUCGCAGUGCCCCACGCCUGCCUCGCUGGCAGCAUGUCCGGAGGGAACGCGGCCGCACUCGAUCCCGCUAACGCCCCUUCCCGAGGUGAAAGACGUGUUCUGCGAUUACAUCGCCAUAUGCCGACAGUGGGCCUGGCAUCGGGGGCGGUGGACCCGGGCUCGGGCGACCCGGUCAGAGCCAACGACGGUGCUGCCGCCGCCGCUGCCGCUGCCUCCUUGACGACGGUGGCAGCGGCGGUGUCGGUGGCAGCCGACGAGGAGGACGACGACCCCGGCGUGGUGUUCUCGGAGCCGUCGCACCCGAGCGCUGUCCUGCUGGGCGUGCGCGCACUGCGCGAGGCGGGCGCCCUCUGCGACGUGACGCUGUGCUGCGGCACGUCCGAGUUCCCGUGCCACCGGCUGCUGCUGGCCGCGUGCAGCCCCUACUUCCGCGCCAUGUUCUCGGCAGGCCUAGCCGAGAGCCGGCAGGAGCGCGUGACGCUUGCCGGCGUUGAUGCCUCCUCACUCGGCCUGCUGCUGUCGUACGCCUACACUGGGGAGGUGCGCAUCUGCCGCGCCAACGUUCAGGCACUGCUGGCGGCCGCUGACCUGCUGGACGUGCCGCCCGUGCGCCAGGCCUGUGCCCGCUUCUUGCAGUCACAGCUGGACGUGUCCAACUGCCUGGGCAUGCACUGCUUCGCGGAGGCGCACGCCUGCCCGGAGCUGCAGAGGGCGAGCCUGGACUUUGCACUGCAGCACUUUGCGUCCGUGUGGCAGCAGGAGGAGUUCGGUGCGCUCACCUCCGACAAGCUACUCGAACUGUUGGCCAGUGACCGGCUCAACGCGCCUCGCGAGGAGACCGUCUUCCAGGCAUCACUCGCCUGGCUCAACCGCACCGCUGACCGCCGGCAGUACGCCGACAAGGUGUUUGAGCUCGUGCGCUUCCCGCUCAUGAGCCCGUACUACAUCCACGACGUGGUGGAGAAGCAGAGCUUGAUCUCCGAGUCUGCCAUCUGCCAGCGUCUCGUCUCCGAGGCCAAGGACUUCAUGCUGCUGCAGGACCGUCGCGGGGAGCUCGUGAGCCCCCGCACACGCCCCCGCUACUCCUCCGGAAUCACAGAGGUGAUCAUCGCUGUGGGUGGCGAGGACGAUAAGGUGGUGCUCCGUAGCGUCGAAUGUUAUGGGCCACAGAGCGGACAGUGGAAGGCCCUUGCCUGCUUGCCCUUUGCAGUCAGCAAGCAUGGUCUCGUCGUCUCAGGAAACACAUUGUACAUGGCGGGUGGGGAGUUUCCGGAUGGCCUUGCCAGCCGGGAUACGUGGCGUUACGACCCCAGCUUUGACACGUGGCAGGAGAUGGCCCAGAUGAACGUGGCACGCUCUGAACUAGGCCUGGCGAUGCUGGAUGGGUUCGUGUUCGCCGUGGGUGGGUGGGAGGGCUCGUCCCGCCUUGACUCGGUGGAGGGCUACGAUCCCAGCACCAACUGUUGGCAGUUUGUGGCACCGAUGCGCAUGGCUGUGACCAGUCCGGCCGUGGUGGCUCUCGAUGGACUUCUGUAUGUCACUGGUGGUGCCGUGUUAGAAGAUGGUGAUGGGAUUGAGCUGGUCCAGGUUUACAACCCAAAAAUGGACACAUGGUCAGAGGUCCCCCCAAUGCAGAUCGCUCGUUCUGGCUCAGCAGCUUGCGUGCUCAAGGGCAAAAUCUACGUAAUAGGUGGUUGGCAUGCAUCCACGGAAAACACCAACAAGGUGGAGUGCUACGACCCGGCCCAGAACUCGUGGCACAUGUGUGCGCCCAUGAUUGAGCGGCGCUACCGACCUGGCGUGGCGGUGGUGGACGGCAAGAUUUAUGUACUUGGUGGAGAGGAAGGAUGGGACAGGUACCACGACACGAUAGAGAGGUACGAUGACCUGACUGACACGUGGGAGAUUGUAGGAGAGAUGCCGACCAGCAGAAGCUGGCUGAGCUGCGUGUCGAUUCAGAUUCACCAAGACAUCCGCACUUCCAGCCCCGGCAGCGCUGAGCCCUAUGGCUACGAGUAGCUUUCCUCAGCAGCAAACAGCCCUGUCGUCUGCACCAAAUCAUUGUUCCUUGGUCUGUACUUUCCUGUGUUGGCGUCAGCAAUGUUUUGUUUAACUAGUUGGGUAUCAUGCCACUACACACGUACAAAAAUUAACAUCACUGAAACGUCAGGUUUUUUUUAGCUAAUGUAUAGCAUUGUUUGAUUUGUAGGUGUGCUUUAUGAUAUGGAAAUUGUCAUUGUGUAGUGUACUGUCUUGCCAGGGAAACAUAAAUUGUCUUGGUAUGGGCAAUGGUUAACAAGAAAAAAAUGUUGAAUUUAUCACGUUAAGUUGUGGUUAGAUUUGCAGGCAUGAAAUAAUAGCUCAGUAGAAGGCUAUAUUUCCGCAUGAAGAGAGAGUCUUUACCAAUUUAAUGUUCCUAUAUUGAACUGGUUUAAUUUUACUAAAAUACACUUGCCUCUAUGAAAGGAGAAUCAUGUUUAGGAGGGUUGGAAGUCUAGUCGGUGUCACUAAUACAUUAGACAAUCUUUCGAUUAUAAAGAGUUGAUAGAAAUCCCUUGAAGUUAAACCUGUGUUAUCAGAAAAAAACAUAAAGCAGUCAAGAAAAAAAUAUAUAUGUUCCGUGGAUUUUUUUUUUAUCGGGUAUAACUAUAGUUUGUGUUUACAUGGUGUGUUUAGUACGGUACUUUAUUUUUAAGUGACUUGUGCUUUAGAAGCACCAUAUAGGGUACACCGUUGACACUUUGGAAAAUAUUUCCUUGGUGGCAAAUUGUUUGGGAGAGAAUACUGUUUCACACUGUGAGCAAGUUAUCUGGGUAUAAUAAGCUUGCUCGUAAAUGUUACUUGUUGAAAAUUAAAAUGCAUCUCUCAAAAUGUAUUAUGAAAUGGUUGCCUACAGGCAGCAGAAACUUCUUGCAUAUGAAAGUAUGAAUAAGAUCAUCAAAAGUCUUAUGUCCAGUUUAGUUAGCCAGAAAAUGGCUUCAGUUAAUGUGCAGUCGAUUGCUUCAAUGCCCCCGUUGAAUGUUUAGUGUUCACAUUAGCCUACUAACUAUGUGUGAUGGUCCGACCGACAGCAUAGGCUUACCCGAGUUACCAUCCCAUCUUUAGCAAAGCAUCACUAUGCCCUAAAUAUGUCAUGUAUUUCGUCUUAGUGACUAAACCACGUGCAGUCGUACACUUUAGACACUUGUUAACACAUGCAUUUUGAGUGGUCGACCAUACAAUUAAUAUAUUUACUGAACUGCCUGAACCUUAUUUAAACGGAUGCUAAUCUCCAUCCCAACUACGUGAAUUUAUUGUAUGUCGUUUACAGGAAAGUUAUCACAAGGCAGUUGCAGUAAAUGGCUCACUCGUGCAAGGAGAAUAGUGGUGUUGCUUUACAAACUUUAAUUCCUUAACUUCAUAGAUUUCAGUGUUCACUUUUCCUUUUGGUUUGCGAACGGUGUGUUAUGUUUCAGCCAAAAGGAUAUCAUUCUCGUUUUUAAGAUGUACAUUUAAAUUCGGGACUGACUUGGAUAUAAUGUUUUUGUCAUGAAGACUUCAGAUGCCUAGGCAUGUGCAUAUUAGCCUUCAAUGCAUAUCAUUUGGAGGAACAUUUAGUGAAACAGAAUUCCUUCGAAUUAGCAAUGAAUGUAACUGAAUGCUAUUUAAAGGCAAAUUUAUGUAACGUAAAGUGUUUAAAUAGUACAAAUGAGCAUUAUACAAAAAAGUAAUACCUUAAAUUAAACUCCAUAGUACUGUUUGUCAGUUACAUUGGUAAGGAAACUGAUGUCAUACAAUCAUAAAUAAUAUAUUUUUAAUCUUGAGAAUUUAGUAGCAUCUCAGCUUGUGAAGAGCAAAAUAAAAAUUCACAUGGAGUAUUUAAAAUGCAAUUCAUUCUAAAUAUGUAUAUGGUUAAACAUUUGCAUAUACCAUGUACUGAAAAUUGUCAUGUCUUAUUCGAAGCAUGUGAUAGACCUUAAGAUCCAUUUAGUUUGUAAUCAGGAACACAAAAUUUGCCUGAUUAGAUUUUUGCCAAAUACUGCAGAUAAUUUUCUACACAUUUUAACAUUGUGGCCAUUUAUUUCCGUCAUUACUAAGCAUCCUCCAUACCACCUGAAGCUUUUCCAUGCAUUCGUAUGUACAUUAUUGUCUACAUUUAAUGUUUUUUAUCCAUUUGUUCAGUGACCACUUCUAGUAAAGGUGUCACAGGUGGCAGCACGAGUUCCAAUAUCGACCUGCACUCUGCUACUUUUAUACUUCAUGCACUCUCAUGUCAGUGCUUUUGACAGAAGAAAACAAAUGAAAAUGCUCAAAUGGGUGGGAAACAAGACCAUAAGUUUAAAGCUGCAAGGAGUAAACAUUAAACAUUGUCUAUUUAAAGGAAAUUACCCUCUUAAGACCAACCUGUAAACUUUGGUUCUCCUUAAUAGUUGUCAUUUUAAACAAAGUAUUUUAUCAUUCAGUUUUGUAGUAAGCUGCCCAUACACUACUUGUUAUUCGCAUACCCAUACAUUUAUGUUGUCUAUGGUUGUACAAGUGUUAGUAGAUGAUUUUUUUUAUAUAAAAAUUCGAAAUGAAGAUCUCAUUACACCUAUUUGUGAAAUCGAAAUGCUUGCACUUUACUGCCUUAUAUAUAAAAAAAGUUAUUUUAUGGAUAUUACUAUUUAGGCACAAGCUCAUUUGAAGGACUGUCAUGUUUGUGGCUAAUGCAGCCAAAGCAAUGUAACAUGAAGGCUUUGUUGACUCCGUAAACUUGAGGACAAAUUAAACACUUGAAAUUAAAACUGCAAUAGAGGCGUCCCUUGCGUAAUGCCCUGCCAUAUCGGGAAUUUGCAGCUAUGCCAUUCACGUUCUAGGGACAUACUUCACACUUGGGCGAAUCAUUUUGACAGUUAUGCCCUGAAAAAAAUGUAACAUUAAAAUUUGUCAAAGUAAAAAAAAAAAAUUUCAAUUAUAAAAACUCCAAGUAAAAUAUGUGCAGGUUCAUCAAUUUAAAUUACAAUCUGAUGCCGUCACCGCGGCAUGGCAGCGUUCAAUGUCUGGCUUAGGUGUAGCCAUCGUAAAUCUCCGGCUUCUAUUUCCAUCGUGCGUGCUGCUGUUAGAAGCAGCCCACGGAAUCGUUCAAGAAGCCCUGAAGUUACUCAUUAAGUGUUCUUUGUAAGGAGUAAUAUGUCUCAAUAUAUUAUUCAACUGGUCAUUUUUGUAAUGUUAAUAUUAAGUACUGUAUUGGAUUUAUACGUAUUGUGUAAACCCAUGGCUAAAAUUCCGAAAUUAAAUCAUACUUUUUUGGGUUCGUACAGCGCGAUUUGACUUGCGCACGCUGUUUUUCAGGAACGCAUGUCACGUUAUGCGAGGGACGCCUGUAUUUGCCUUUUAGUUGCAUGUAAACUUAUAUGACUAAAAUGCUGUCUUUGGAUAUGCCCACUAAAUUAAAAUGUUCCUAAUACUUUCUUCACUGGCAGUCUGAUGAGCACGACAGCUGGAACAAGGGCUUGUGCCUUUAGAGAUGCGGCAAUGAUCUGGUGCAACUAAAUAAAAGUAGUACGUGGAUGAACGGUUGUGGUAGAUCUACCAAAAGAUGGAUGGGUUAACAGAAAAAUAGUGAAGAUAGACUAAUCAAGUGACUUCGUUUGCGAUAGUCUUUGAAAAACGGCUUGACCUGUGGACGAGUGAUGAUAAAAAUGUGACCUUUGAGUUACCCUAUUGAAGACUGUACACAUUGCAGUGUUAUUAGCAUUAUCUGAGUUGUGUCUCUAUGCUAUCGCUAUUAAGACUGUUUUCUUGAUCGAGUGUGUAUAUUUGCAGGCACUUUUAAUCAACAAAUACAGUGACAUGGAAAUAUAGGUUUUUCAUAUGCGGUAUAAUUUUUGUAAAUUGUUGGGAAUAUUUGUUGUAGUAUAUUUCAGAAGAGUAUAUGCGUGUAUUGUACAUACCCAUUCUGUGUUGUGAUCUCAGCUGUUUUCUGGAAUGGUCCAUCUCAUUUUAAAUACAAAAUGCUUUAAUGUUAUUUUACAGUAUUGUCUAAUGGGAUAUAACGGCCAUGAUCAUCAAUAAAACCGAACUGUUGAACCCGUUUUUUCAAAGUUACAAUAAAUGAACUGCUGUAAUGGUAAGUGUGGUUGUAUCAUUUGUAUUUGUUAACAUAAUAAAUUGUUGG